CAAGGAUGACACGGAGCAGAGCUGCUCGUGCAGUGAGGAGAGAAAGAGAGAUCUUCUUUUCUGUGACCUGAAAGAGGGAUAGAGAGAAAGCGACCCAUCGGAGAACUUUAUAAUUGCGUCCGCACAAGAGGUGAGAAAAAUACAUGGUGACUCGCGCGACGUCGUGACUCUCAGUGGAAAGUAUGCCUGCAGGAUGCAGCUCCUUGGACGAGGAGGAGAGCAACGCAAAGCAAGCCUUGGACAGGCCGUUUAUGGACAGAAAAAGAAGACGGAAAACGACCACUCGAGGAUGUGGAAGUGACGCUUCUAGUACGUCGGGAUCGUGGAGGCAUGGACAUGCACAUGGAAGACCGAUGCAGGUUAGGAGAAGCAGGAUGCGCGUGGAAGAUGUUCAGCGGUUUGACACCAGCGACAACGGAGGCCGGACAUGUACCGGGGUCCGGGCAGUUCCGAGUAUGGCAACACAGUUUCUUCGAAUUUUCUGUCGUGGAAAAAACGACUGCUCGAGGCUCGUUUGUAUUAUGGGUCAACAGUGUCAAGAGCAAAGUCUACGUCCACGGACAUCGGUUUUGUCCCUCAAGAGAACAUGUUACGCUGCAGCGAGUGCCAUUCGAAGGACCCUGUCUGCCUUACGUUUCUACGCUCUUCUAGUGUAUGGCCUAAUGUUGCGGGCGUUGUGUGCCGUGCUAGGACGAUGUCGCGUGGAAAUAGGUCUGAAAGCACUCGUAGAGGAUAACAACAGCUGUGGGCCUCCACGCACUUUGAGGAGGGGAAUUGAAAGGAUACCACUACCACUAGGAGCAAACGCAACUAGCGACUGUGAGGAGUGCAAGACGAGCAGGCGGGUUCCCAGCACAAAUGAGAGAAGCAAGUGCGGGAGUAGCUCUCGCAGAGAACGCAGUAUAAAGUUUCAUGAUCAUGGUGAUAGAGGAGACAAGGUCAGGGGGAAGAGAGAAAAGCGAGGGCACGGACUGCGACGUGGCUUUCAGCUAGCCGCGCGCCUUCUGUUGCACAAACUUAUACCGGUGUUUAUGCCUAGAUGAGAUCAUUAGAGUUGCAUUGAUUUGUACUCUCUCACAAUUUUUUAAGGGCAAUAAGAACAACACUGACAAAAACUACUAUUUCAUCUUGAUAUUUUCGAUUUCUAUGUACUUACUAUAAUAGAUUGUGCAUGAUAGAUUCUUCUUCAUUCUUCUUGCGGAUGUCGGUAGGCAGUUUUACGAUCCCGAUUGCGUGCGCGAAGACCCAUUUUGGUCGAAGUACUUGGAGCUAGUGUCGGCGCAAGUGGCCGCAGGGGAAAAACCCGACUUUCACGUGUCCCGAUACGCUUUGCAGAUAGCAGGCUGUCCUCUUGGGAAACUCGUCGCAUGCGUGGGUUCCGAAAACAUGAGCCUCAGGGAAUGCUUUUACUUAUGCUUAAUGUCUACUAUUGAUCCUCUGGAGGUACUAGAUUACUGGUUGGCCUCGCAAGUAGACGCUAAUAGCUACACAAGAGGCACCAUGACAUGACUUCUCUAUCGUCGCGCCCCCUUCUCCUAAGAUGCUUGAGCAUGUUUCAAGAACAUAAAAGUAAAACUCAAGAAAUCGUGUGUGUUUCUUGAUGCCAAACUUCAAAAAAGCUAGAGCUACACCACUGUGUCAGGGACGGCGCUUGAGAGUCACAGAGCCUGAGAGUCACACAACGAAUACGAAAGCCCUCUUUUCAUAUGCUCACAUUCCAGUGGACUUUUACUUGCUCAUGAGCAGUCGUUGGCCGAUAUUGAAGUUGCUCGACGCGGAACAGCAGAAAAUUUGGGACAGUGGUGUUUUGGAGGAGAAUAAUGGGGAUGAUUGUAUCCUCUCCGCGCAUCCAGCAAUCGAGUGGAAUCAAUUUCGAGGUACUUACUAGAAAUCAAAAAAAAGUUGUAAAUUCCUAUGGCAUGAUAUAUAAUGCGGAGUUGUUUACUUUGUUUCGUGUGAUAGAUAGAUCACUUAUUUCAAUAAAGAUCCGCUUCCGCGUCCGCCACUCCACCAGGUGCACUAGCAGAGGGCGUAGGCGAGGCGCAUCGGUGGUUGGUCGAAGACAACAAGAAAGAACCACGAGCCAAUCUGGGUUGGGCCAUAUCAUUCGCGGAUGGGGUCAUAUUCAAGUCGCACUCAGAUGCUGUCCUCGACAGCGGACUAUGUAUGAGGAAACAUUUACCACAUACGGAUGGUAGCUAAAAUAACAGCUAGAAGAGCCAAGAAACACGAUGCUAUUACUAGCUAAUGGAGCUUCUAAUGCUAAGUGACUACUAGGAGGGAGCCCAAGUACAGGGCUAGUCCACCCAAUUUGGUGCUAUCCACCUCAAUGAAAGGACGAUUAGGGACUUUUAUAACAUCGUAGAUGAUAUAGUAGAUGUCAAAGUAAGCUUGUUGUAGUUCUUUCAUUUCUUCUGUUGCUGAAGCGGUUGGGCAUUGCCAGUUUGGUGUAGUUUCGGCACAUGCUUUGAGGAUGUUCGCAAUUUUAUUGGCGGAUGGGGACGUUUAUAGAAUGCUUGAGCGUGGUUUUCAACAAGUCGAGACUAUCUGGAAUCGGAAACACCAAAUUCUCUACUCCCGUUGGCGGCUCUUUGGGAUUGUUCACGUACUUCAUCGAGUCAUCUUCAUCUUCAUUAUUAACCACUACGUACAAGUACAUGCUAUGCCCUUCUGCCGGGGAACCCCUACGGGCAUCUCCAUCAUCCAUACAAUUCCUCAGAUCUUAAACGAGUUGAAGAAGCAGAAGCUUGACCUGCCGGAAGCUGCACUGACCGACGACCUGGAUCAGGCUCCGAAGUAUCUCCAGAGUCGCAAUCCAUGGGACUGGCGAGUGGGCGACUUGACGGAAGCAAUAGAGAGGCAAGAACGGGUAGAAGUGCACGUUGUAUAAGUAUAAGUAAUUGAUUUUAGGUUUGUUCUCUGGGGUACAUCACAUUUUAUUUUGGGGUACAUCAAGAUAUGGAAACGCCUCAGCGACGUCCGCCAGACAUCCUGAGUGAACUGUACUACUUGAUUGGGACAAAAAAACUAUCACAGAUAAAGCUGCUGAAGAAGCCAAUGCCAAUGGAGCACGUUAGUCGAGCGGACUAUCAGAACGAAGGUAGUGAAGCUGGUGGCGUAAAGCGCGACGAGGACGUAAUGCCAUUGCCAAACUCGUCAAGUGCGGCGGCAGUUGAAGGGAGGAGCAGAUAUGGCCUGACUAGCCUGUUUGUUAUAGUAGGAGGCGAUAGAAGAUAAGAUAUAGAUACUUAUACUUACAUAUACUUAGAAAUUAGACGGGAUAAUCAUCAUGUACAGCGAACAAAUAACGAGGAAUGAACGUACCUAAGGGUGUUUUCCUAGAUGGUCUAGAUCUACCCUGGAUGAUCAACCAUCCUCAUUGCAAUUGAAGUAGCUGGCAGAACGACCUCUAAGAAGCUUCUAGUAGCGCAUCGGGUGCAUCCGAAGUAGCGCAUGAGAAUGGCAAUAGUGAAACCGACGAAGAAAGUUUUUACGAGGAUACAGAGGCUGCGAUUGCCAUCGACGCCCUCAAGCAUCCUUCCAACCUUCCCGAAGACCUCGAGAAAAAGCCUUUCACUAGUAUCGAGUCCAUGUCGGAGAUUGUACAGCAGAAUACGCAUACGAAGAAGGAGGACAACAACGAGAUUUACUGGCGCCUCUCUAGGAUCGUGCGGAAUAACCGCAUACUCUUCACGAGUGUGGACACACAUACGAUACGUUGGCUCAAAAACUGGCUACGCCGAAGCAAGUACUUCAUGAAGCAAAGCGGCAUCGGGAUCGUGCUGCAGAACGUUCACCUUGAUUAUGAUGAGCCGAAGUUUUCUUCUUUCUCUGGUGUUGGGUUGAGUAGCUCCUAGAAGAGUACAAGUGCAGCUUAUAUCCAUCAUGAGCUGCCGCGAGAUAGCGAGGCACACACGCACGCACUGACUUGAUUCUUUUACUCCCUGCUGCUUGUCAACAUCUAACUUUCUUUGCAAUGCAAGAGUGUCGCAAGUGGGCAGCUUUCCAAACUAGACCACUCGCUUGAGAAGCACAUGUGCCUUCCAAAGCUCUCUGAAUCCAGUGUCUUCCUCUCCGUCUUGGGCUACAUGAGAAUUGGUACGUUUCUGUUUUCAAAUUUCAUUUAGAAUGAAAUGUUUAGGUUUACAGUCGUGAUGACACUUUGUUAGCCCUGGUAAAUAUCUAAUCAUGCUGCAGCUAAUUGCUGCAAAUUGCGUUUUCUCUUCUAGCCUCUGAGGCUCAUCGUACCACAUUCUGCUUCUUCCCUUGUUCCUUGACGACUCUGACACUUGCGUCUUCCUAUCAAGGUGCCCUCGCCGGUUAUGAUGUCGGCUACGUGGGGAUCAGCAAUUUCUGGGUCCGGAAUCCGUUCCCUUACCUGUGGGUGAAGGACAUAAAUGUCGCGACUGAGUUUUACGGUAGUCAUAAAACUCGACUGGAGCUGUUCACGGUCAAGGGCACAGCACGCGGGCUGCUCUUCCUUACUGACUUGUUACGGCUUGUGAUUAGAAAACUGGUCUACGACAUCUUCGCCCUCCCCUCUCCGGGAAGCAUCUCAUGAUUCUAGUCAGUGGCUUGCAUGGUUGACAUUGUCCUUUACGACAGCGGCUUCUGGCAUUCUGGUUCAUCGACAGCAGAACGAGAACGACAUAAUUAGCCGACCGGUCCACAUUCCCGUCAUACCCACAGCCAAUUCCAACAGCUGCAUUGCUCUAAUCUCGCUGUCGCUCGUCUACUUCUUCCCCUUCACCUUUCUGCCACGUGCCAUGGACAGGCUGUCAUUCGGGCCGCAUAUCACCGAUCGCGUCCCGACUGUCAGUUUCGCUGAGGACAAUUUUCUGCAUUACUUAUGGCUAUUGAGUAAUUCCCUUCAGUUACUCUGACUUGUGUCUUGAGAUUCACUCAGACCACUCAAAACAUUGCUUCGGGGUGCACUGAUUCACUUCUGCAUAGAAACAAUCUUUCGGGAAAUGAACCUAGAGAAAUAGCUCUAAGGCUCCACUUGUUCUUCGUGCACUUUUUUGAUUGUGAGAACCGGUUUGUGAGUACAGACGGAUGGUUUGGGAAGCCCGAUCAGGUGGUCUUUUUCGACAUCCAGAAGCUCAUCGCUGACCACGAACGACAGCGAAUCUUCGACCUCCUCUACAGUGGAACUAUCGGAGGUACUGUCGUACUCUCGAUGCCAUAAGAAUGUUUCUAGGUCCAGGAUAUGGAUAAUCGGAUCAAGAAAUAUUGUUUUUGCCUAGUACUACAACUAGGAAGCAUCUAGUUCGUCUGACUUGCUAACGUCACUAGUAACGAAACUGAAGUGUAGUCUGGAAAGUAAAGCAUUCAUAUUCCGCUAUCGACCAGUUGUUGUAUCAUCUUCCAGGUGGCAACCAUCCGAUCCGCGUCGCGCGGAGCUCCGUUUCCGCCAAAAGACGCACUUGGCUAGCUUACGAUGGGGCCCCGAGUUUGCCAGGCAACAUUUCCACCGCUAGUGUAGUUCCUCAACCGGCUGAGUGGACGACGCAUCCAGGUAGCUCUCUCGCUGGUGGUUGCGUUCAACUACAGGACUACACAUUUGUCGACGUAAACCACGCAAAGAACUUGUGCAUCCAACUGGGACCCGACGUGUGUGGUGGCAUCAGCUGCACCAACGAAAAGCUGGGAGAAUGCUUCAUUCGCGACGCGACGCCUUUGGUAAUCAGCGCAGAGAAGGACGAGGCGGAGGCUGAAUUUAUGAUCGACGAUACGAGAAUUAUAAAUAUAUUAUAAGAAGAACACCAAUUUUUUUUAUGCUAUGCGGCAAAAGCUGAUCUUGCUGAUUUUGGGUGGAUAACACUUGAUUUGGUUGAUAAUGCGUCAGAAUCUAGUUUCUGAGGAUGAACAUGAUGAACUUCAAGUUCAAGGGCUUUUCUGUUUCGGAUUUUUCAGGAGAUUUCGUUAAUUUUUGGACGAGAGCAUUGAUUGUGUUGAUUCUAAGUCUUUGCUUGUUCUCGAUAAUGGUGCGAUUCGCGUUCGUGCAGACGGGAACGCGGACAAGAGCGAUCGCGCUGUUUGGGCACAGACUCUUCUUCCGGCAGAAACGCCGAACCAGGUCUCACUAGUCCCACCGGGUUUUCAGCUGCCUACGCGGGAAAAGAUUAUUCAUGUUAACUUCGCCAGCGGCUGCUGCGAGGAGGAUCAAAGGGAGAGCUCAGAGAGCGCCGUCCGCAUUGGUAAGGUGGAUAUCUCUUACGCCAUGGGCGACGCUGACCUAUCACAGGAAUUCAAGGAGAAGAACAAAGAGCUUCUAGAGUUCUUGCGCACACCGGAAAUGACACGGUAUCUGAUUCUGAUAAAUAGCGUCAAAAAGCUUCUAGUGCAACCAGUGCGAACGCCUGUGAGGAGCAAGGUCGGAGCAGCGCCACUGCUGAACGAAGCGACCCCACGGCGCAGGGUGUUGCUGUAGUAUGGUACUGCGCUGCCGGGGGCGUUUUUAUCGACCUUAGGCUGCACAGGCGACGCGGACCAAUGGCCGUGGGUCUUCUGCGUUGUUUCUUGCUCGAUGAAUGUUGCGGCAGUCCCAGUCGCCGCACCUGAACCCGUGAGGGGGUUUGCAAUUCUUGGCCAUCGUUGUGAAGUCGUGGCAGCUACCUUGCGCUCUAUAGGGCAGACCGCGCGGGUGCGUGAGGGUGUGGUGCUAUCUUUUUCAGCGAGCUGAAGCCAUCUCUUGGCCCUUCGGGCUUUAAGCUGAAGAAAGUGAAAGACAGCUCCCCCAAAGGGGCGCAGGGGCGCUUGGCUGUCCAUGUAUGUUCUGGGUUGCGUUGUGACGUAUCUGCGGGACUGCUUGUUAGCGUUCUGUCGAGGAAGUAAAUGAGAGCUAGGGCUAGGCUCCGCUGGGCUUGUGUUGGGCUCUCUUCAUGAGUUGGGCGGGCUGACCUCAUUUAUUUGCCUUAGGGUUAUGAAAUUCAAGUUUGUUCCGGCAUAGACAUAGCUAGAGUCUGCGAACGUAGUAAUUAUUUGAUCGGCCGCGCGCGUGCGACUAGAAUUGACGCAUCUUCUUUUUACUGCGAAGAACUUCGAAUUAUUUGUGAUCGCCAGACAGUUAAACACUAGAACACAAAGAAAUAUCCAAGGUAUAAAACCCCGUCUGGGAAAGUCGGCUACUACGUAUGGAAGCCGUACAUUGUUCUGAAGACGUUGCUCGAGAAGGCGGAGCCAGGGGACCUGGUCGUGUGGACCGAUGCUGGCAUCACCUUCACGCAAGACGUGCGUCCGCUGUUGGCGCGAUAUUUGCGAGGCAGCGACAUGUCUGCGACUCAGACUCCUAUGAUGGAGGGCGAUUUUACAAAGCGGGACGCCUUUCAAAUCCUGGGUCUCGACGUCACUACUGUAGCAGAGAGCCAGCAGAUUGCAACGGGCGUUAUUUUGGCGCGAAAGUUAAGACAAAAGAUGAACCAAGAUUAACAUCAAUUUUAGAUUUUUUAAUGUCAAAAAUACAACAUUAACUACUUAACUGAUUGAUAUAGCACAUGACAAGGCUAUGCCAGACAAUUGCCCUCUUAAUAUGCGUGUUGAGAUUGAAAAAAAUGAGAAAUAGAAGACCAAGGAUGCCACAACAACGAAGUCCAGGCGCUGGCCCUAGUAUCUCUAAUCCAAACACCUCUGGCCAUCAAAUUUCUGGAGGACUGGCUGGAGGCGUGUGAGGACCGCCGUGUGAUGACAGAAGAGGGGAACGUCUUGGGAUUUCCUAACUUUCCGAGCUUCAAAAACCACAACGACGACCAGAGCGCUUUUUCGUUGCUCUUCAAGAAGUACGGCUUCACGCCGUUUCCGCAGUCGACGCGAGAUGCGUAUGUACUGACAGGCCGAAAUCUCGCAAAAUACCUACACGCUGCAGAACGGUUUGCUUUAUGGAAAAAAAAGAACAUUUUUUUUAAUAUUUUUGAACAACUGAAGAUACUGAACUUUCUUUCGCUGUUCCUAUUGGGCUUGGAAUUAACUAGAAUCAACUUCAUUGAUCUGAAUCUUAUGUAAUUAACCUCCUCCCAUAACAGGCUUCUGGUUCCCCAUUAUUUUCUCUUAGAGGUGUGCUGCAAAUCUUGAUUGGCUUUCACCUUUUGGUAGAGGUUUAGGUCCAGCGGCGCUCAAAGCACUAAGUAAAGCAACCGGUUAGUUUUCACCUCCACAAUUCUAGGUUUAUCCCGUGCAGCAUUAUAUAUGGACCAGGGAGGGAGGCCCCCCCUAUAGUAUCUCGUAUAAGCUAUACCGAAUUGUGAGCUUCGAGAAGUUCUGCAUUCCUUGCCCGACAGUCUGGCUUUUUUUUGAGCAUGAAGACGGACGAAAGACGGACUCACGACGAUGGUUCUCCUAUGCUUGACACGAUGAGAGAGGCAAAGAAGCCAGACAAAGAACGCAGACGAAGAAGCGAGUCGAUACAUUUGAUUGCCGUCAUUUUGUUAACUUUCUCUUUGUUUUCGAUCCGUCGGCACUUCGUCAACAACUGGCCUCUUUUCUGCUUUUUUAAGCGUUACAUCUAAGGCGUAGAGUGACGCAAGACAUUUACUCUGCUGAUGGUCUAGCAUGCGCAUGCCCCUGCUUACGGCGUUUUUCAUAAGAAACAGAAAAAAAUUUCUGCUAUCUUAUCAAAAAACUAAAGUCGGCGCCUUCGUUAGUUUUCGUCUACGCUCUGCGUCUCUGCGUCGUGUUUCUCUCUCGGAACGCUUCUCCAUGGCCCAGCCCUCUAAAGCUCUCCCUCUUUCAGGUCUAUGAUCUGCUGACGCAGUUGGUAGCCGCAAGACCCGCCAAGGAGUGCGCGACGCCAGCCACCAUCCACAAGGGUGGCGAUGCCUCUGCGCUGAAACUCGUGCGCAGUUCAGUAAGUAUGGGCGAAAAUAAAUCGCAAGUCCAUACUGAUAGAGUUGCUCACGGUGCCGGACGUGCUCCGCCGUGAUUUUUUGGAGACGAGAAGGAUGAAAGUGAAAAGCUUAGCGCUGCUGCGUACCAACCACCCCAAGCCCCUACGCAGCACCCCACGGGUUUGCCUACUUCCGAUCCCUCUGCGCCUUCUUCGUCAGAGCUCCCAGCGAGCUCAAGCGGCUGCUGCUGGUAAGUGUCGAACUCUUUGCGUGAGAAGCUACCCCAUACGCAACCGAAAAGCUUGAAGGGAAUUCGUCACAUUCAUACCCCGCCGCAUUUCCACUCCCGGCAGGUUCUUCUUCCGAUACCAACAUCGACGGAGAAGCACUCAAGCAAAGAACAAGAACGAACCAACUUCACGGUCAGCGAAUCGCCCAAGGCUACCUACCACGACGAUGAAAAGCGCUAGCACGAGCAAAGCGCUGGGGAAAUGCCUGCCCCUACGAAGAAAAUGGCGAAAGUGCGCAGCCCAAUGAAAAAAAACACAAAGCAACCGAAAGCAGCGACGAAGGCUGCCAAAGUACCGAGGAAGGCUGCCAAAACACCGGGGAAAGCUGUCAAAAAAAUGAUGGCCAUGGAAGCGGAGUAGCUUGCUAUAGAACUUCCCCGCUGUGGCUCGCAUCGCUUUCGAAAGCCAACGAGAGACGCACGCUCAUCAGUUUCCGACUUUAGAACGAAAGGCAUCACUUCAGUAGAAUAAAUAAAGCAAAUCGAUCAAGUUCGAGAAUCAAAGCGCGACAGCCAGGCUGAUCGCUCUCAUUUUCCAUCCAUCCAGGGAGAGGCCUUCGAGCAAUUAUAUAGAAAAAGCAGGCAGGCAAUACCUACGCACGGAAACAGUAAGCGAGUACCCCGCUCGGUGAUAUGUUAGAAAAAGCGCCAGCAAAUCCCUGCGAGUCAGCGCUAUCUUUUACGAAUUGCAUGGAGAGCCUCCAGACGGGCCCAGAAUGCAUGGCGCCACAGUUGUGACGAACUUCACACACGGCUGAGGAUCAAGAUCAAAACGAAUGCCACAACAAAGCCACGGCACACCGGUGAGCUAUCAGCUUAACCAGCCCGCAGCAUACCAUACGCAUGCCACGCGCAUAAAAUAAAUUCCAGAAGCAUCCAAAUGACACGACGCCAAAUAAGGCUGCACAAGCAAAGGGGGAGCCAUCCCACAUCAGCGCGCGGGAUUUGCAUCACCUGGCUAACACGUCUAGCAUUGCACGCGUGUCCUCUUGCAUUUUUUGCAAGCGACGCCAUCGGUGUCGACAGGUCAGCCGAUGCACUGCGCGCGACAUGAGAGGAGCUAAACCGGACAAAAAAGCAAAACAAAGCCACAAAGGAAGCGCGUUAGAGUUGCGCGCUGUAUACAUUGUUAUGCCAUCGAGGUCGGGCUUGGUCUCUCUUUUGCUCUCUAUGCAUAGAAUGCAAAUGCUCCGCGUUUUCUUCUGCUUUCUUGUCAUGUCUUUGCUGCAAGUCAUGCCAUCAGCGUGCUUCUUCCGGGACAAAAGAUGUCGCACAUGCGCCGGCGCCAGCUGAACGGGAACGACGACGGAGACACCUGCGGUAAGUUUCUUUUUGGAAUUGGAAACCAAAGAAAACAAAACACCAGCCCAGCAGUGCGGCUGGGGUCGAUGAUCUUCACGGGCGCGAGCACUGUCCACGCAUGAGCAUGAAGCACGGGAACACUUUUGAAAAUGAGCACUACUGUGCUACCAGUACCAUCAAGAUCAUGACGAUGGUGAUGAUGUAAGCCCACCGAUCGGGUGGGGCGGGAUGCCGUCUCAUGUCAUCCCUGCAGCCGUUACCAUCAAGAUCAACCACAACGCGCUAAGACUUUUGCUGCUUCGUCAGUGUUAGCGUAUAGGAUUCUUUUCUCACCGCACCGAUCUACUUCUAACUCGCGAGCCAGCGAAGUCGUGCUUCUUAAGCACUCGCUUCGCUGAUAGCAAUCCUAAAACCAGCGGAACCAACCAAGUCGCUCGCUUUGGACUAUGCUACUGCAUUAGCCGCUGCGGGAUUCAAUAAGCCACGGCCACGGGCUCAAAGCGAUAAGCGCUGCGCUUGUUUUAUGGUAGAAGGCAGAAGCCUUGCAGCAGUGCAGCAUUUUGGCCCCCCUUCAGGCUACCCCGUUGCGCGGUUUUUGUAUCGUGGAGAAGCAUGGACAAGCCCCCCCGCGACGGUUCGUUUCGCCAAUAUCUGAAACAGCGCAACCCGCUACCUAUGAUCCCAAUUCGUUUGGCGCAAGCCGGUCAAAGUGCUGGCUUAUCGAAUCCAGGUAGUCCGUACGUGCUACAAGUUUGCUCUCUAUUAAUUCGCUGGCCAAGUCCUCUCCUUUAAGUGUUCCCUCUGUGUGGGGCGCUUUAGCAAGUUCUCUCUCGAUCGUGGGGUGGUCGCUGUUUUUGUUUUUCUGAUUCGCUCGGCCUCCAAGAUUGUUCUGAUUCUUGCUGCCAGCAAGCUGCUCAAGGUUUUCACUGCAUUGGACAAGCAACACAGUGGCAAGAGCUAGGCUGGGCCUCUCGCGUAUUGUAUACUGGUCAAAAUUUUCGAGCGGCUGCGUUGUCUCAAUCUGGUGCGAAUCCAUUAUCUUGCGCGCAAGAGUUUGCAACUUCUUCAAAAAUGUCGCGCGCAGCAACUGUCUGCAGCAACACCAGACCCGUCGGGUUCUGAACGUAGUGGCCUUUCUUCUGCUGGGUAGCAGUUUUCAACUUUUUCAGCAGUAUACAAUACUGCUGAUGCUUCGGCUAUUGCGUGGCUACUGUAUUACUGACUGAAGACGCGGCGCAUAUCUCUCACGCGCGUCGCGUGCAGUCAGGUCGCGUCGCCUGGGUUCUUUUCAGUUGAUUCGUACGAAGCCUCCUCGCUCUGACGCGCGCAGCCCUUUGGCGAUACUUUCGUUUCACGCGCGACGCUUGUCCGUCGUCAAAGCAGCGCACUUCUGUAAGCAUUCCCUUCAGUUCGGACCCACGUUCUUUGCUGCCAAUCGCUAGCUGCUUCCAGAAAGUAGCGGGCAAGUUUCUUCCUUCUUGUCUCUGCAGUAUUUCCCUCCUCCCCCUUCUUCCCCUUUUUCCUUAAAGUCAUGCACUUUGCCAGUAUAUCAGACCCUAGCGGUCUUGUUUUCUAGGUCUAGACCUUAUACUUACACGAGACAGCCCGAAGUGACUUAAUAAACUUAACAGCAGCGCAGGGAUGUCGUCAUCCCUGCGCUAGCCUGUGAUAUAUAUCUACAAGUGAAGAUCAUGAAGUACGUGAUCAGCAUGGCCCACCUCUUCAUUCUUUCUUGGGCAGACCAGCACCCAAGAUUCGUAUUUAGCUGCCGCGAACAUGCGUGACGAUAACGAGCUUCUGAAACGUAGAGGAGAUCUCAGAGAAAUCACACGGGAUAUGGAUCUUAGUCAAGCAUCCAUGAAAGGCAAUGGGAAGAACUCCAACAUCUCCGGGAUAAGGGCAUAACGAAUCUUGGGUCGUUAGGGUUACGGUUGUUUGAGAAUAUAGUCGUGCUUCGAGUAAGGAUAAUUGAUAGAAGUACUUUCACCUCAAAUGUGAUAGAAGUGCUUUCAAUUAAAAUGUGAGGAAUAAUCAUUUAAAUGUGAUACUAGAAGUACUUUCAAUAGUGUAGAAGUCGGAGUGUAUCUUCAGAUGAAGAUGCUUUUAUCUGGACAAGGAAAACUUUUACUACUUCUAAAAAGGGUAAUUACAACCCCGUCGUUUGUCGCAGUGUUGCAUAUUCAUCGAUUGCGCCCACAAGCACGAUGCCAAAGGGCAUCUGUGUGUGGCACUGGGUGGGUACUUCGCUUGAUUGUGGUAUGAUAGGGAGUUGACAUGAAUUCUUUCACACACGAUAUACUCUAUGUUGUUUUUUAUUGCACCACCAAGUUCUUGAAGCAAGUAGCGGGGGCUUGCGUGACCACGGGAUUUACACAAAGUUGUUUAAAAAUACUUGAUGGAAAAAAGGCUCUCGUUCUUCUUAUGGUAUUUAUGGCUGCACAGGCUCUUCGGCAAUUCUCUCUGUCAUCGUUGCCCUUUUGGGACCAAGAAUGUAAAGGUAGUAGUUCUUAUAGAAGUGAAAGAUAGCCUAUGAGCUCUCGUUGGAGACUACAGGUACUAGUUUAUUUGAGUUUGGCGUACUGCUUGCAGCACCCUCAGACACUCCUUGGAUCUGGAAAGAUCGGGUAACAUGGUGGCAGAGGCGGUGAAGUCGACAUUGCAUGUUCCCAAAAUUGAUCAUUGCUAUUGCCCGCACACUAGCCUCCAGAUUGCGUAAUCAAGCGCGGAUUUCCACAUGCCAAAGUCAAGCAAGAAGAUCAGUGGGCAUGACGAACAGAAGGUCAACAAGGCUACAGCAAGAUCACUUCUAAUAGAGUACAAGGUCACAUUCUCAGUUCAU